CCUCAGUUCGAAUCGUGUUGCUGCAAACUGUGCUGGUCGUCAGUUCGUUACGCAAUGGGUGUUUUAAAAUAUCUGAAGCCCGAGGACAAGGAGUUUUAUGAGAAAAAUGGAUUCAUCAAGCUGAGUGGAAUAUUCAGCGAGGCCGAGAUGGAAGAGAUUUCUCAAGAAUACAACGAGCUUUUCGAGCGCAAGACCAGAGAGAAUCUGGAGGGACUGGAAUCCGCAUGGAGCGGGGAUAGGGUGAAGCAAGAGGCUGGGUUUAUUGAUUAUACGGUGAAGGCGAUCCACAACUUACAAAUGCACAGUUCCGUUUUCACCAGAGUGAUAAUGAAUUCAAAGUUGCUAGAUGCCAUGGAAGAUGUGCUGGGUACUCCAGAUGUCUUGUUGCAUCACACCAAGGCGCACAUAAAGCCCCCUGAGAAUGGAGCACCUUAUCUGAUGCAUCAAGACUAUCCCUACUUUCCCUUCAAAAAUCACACCAUGGUAGCUGUAUUUUUACACCUGGAUGAUACUACUCCGGAGAAUGGAGGCUUAGCAGUUUAUCCAGGAAGUCAUAAACUUGGACCUCUGGCUGACAAAGGUAUAACGGAUGAGCAGGGUGAACAAUAUCACUGGGUAGAUCAAAACAAAUGGCCAUUGAAGGGUGCGACCCCUAUCUCGGCGAAGAAGGGUGAAGUAAUCGUUUUCUCUUACCUCCUCCUUCACGGAUCAUAUUUGAAUCUCUCCGACCGUGCUCGAAGGAUGUUCCUUUUACAACUCAGAGCCGCAGAUGAUGAACCUACGAGAGCAUGUCAUCAAUCACCGGCACAAAAUCUUGUCCUGCGUGGUAGGAAUGUACAUCGUAGCGCAAACAUGGCCACGCGAUUCGCUGACUAAUUCACGAACUUCUAUAUUUAUUCGCUUUUCUGUACCGCCAAUAUCUUGCUCAUUUGUUGCCUGUCUAUGUGAUUGGUAUAACUGGAUUGUUUUUCGCAACAGUUGUAUGUAAUCUAUGUAACAUGUGUACGCCAUGUGCGUGUAGUGUUGAUAAUUUUAAAUAAAAUACCCGAGGCCUUGGCAGCAAGAAA